AUGCCGAUAUCUGAAAAUGAACAACAACGUCCCGUCAGCGACACAAAAACUCAAAACGCCACAACCGACGAUAAUCUAGAGAAAUCCAAGAAGCAAUCGCCAGCCCUCAAAUCCAAACGAUCAAUGGUCUGGCUGAAAAAGGUCUUCACUCGCAAUUCCAACGAUACAACCGUUGAAACCGAAGCUCCACCACAAGCGACGCAACAUGGAGAAGCUACGAUGACAAGGACAAUAACUUCAAACUCUGAUAAUGUCGAAGACCGAGGGGCAAAGAAUGGCAAGCCAGGAUAUUAUCGUGAACCUCAAUCGUGGCGGGCUGCGGAAUCAUCGGCUUUCUAUACUGGAUUGUGA